GAGCUUUGUCAGUAACAGUUGAUUGUAAUGUCAGUGCAGUCCAAUUCACAGGCUGGAGCAGCAGCUGCAUCCUGCAUUUCCCCGAAGUAUUACUUGAUUUUCACUCCUUGCAAACUUUACCAUCUUUGUUGCAGAGAAUCGGAAAUCAGUAUGCAUAGCAAGGUCGCAAUCAUAAGCAUCAGAUUUCUCUUUUGGUUUCUUUUGCUCUGCAUGUUUAUUGGGAAGUCACAUACUGAAGAUGACCUCAUAAUCACAACAAAGAAUGGAAAAGUCAGAGGGAUGAACUUGCCAGUUCUUGGUGGCACAGUAACAGCCUUUCUUGGAAUUCCCUAUGCGCAGCCACCUCUUGGUAGACUUCGAUUCAAAAAACCUCAACCUCUGACCAAGUGGUCUGAUAUUUGGAAUGCCACAAAAUAUGCAAAUUCUUGCUAUCAGAACAUAGAUCAAAGUUUUCCAGGUUUCUAUGGAUCAGAGAUGUGGAACCCAAACACUGACCUCAGCGAAGACUGUUUAUAUCUAAAUGUGUGGAUUCCAGCACCUAAACCAAAAAAUGCCACUGUAAUGAUAUGGAUUUAUGGUGGUGGUUUUCAAACUGGAACAUCAUCCUUACAUGUUUAUGAUGGCAAGUUUCUUGCUCGGGUCGAAAGAGUUAUUGUAGUGUCAAUGAACUAUAGGGUGGGUGCUCUAGGAUUCUUAGCUUUGCCAGGAAAUCCUGAGGCUCCAGGAAACAUGGGUUUAUUUGAUCAACAGUUGGCUCUUCAGUGGGUUCAAAAAAAUAUAGCAGCCUUUGGUGGAAAUCCUAAAAGUGUAACUCUUUUUGGAGAAAGUGCAGGAGCAGCUUCAGUUAGUCUGCAUUUGCUUUCUCCUGGAAGCCAUUCCUUGUUCACCAGAGCCAUUCUGCAAAGUGGUUCCUCUAAUGCUCCUUGGGCAGUAACAUCUCUUUAUGAAGCUAGGAACAGAACGUUGGCCUUAGCUAAAUUUACUGGUUGCUCUAGAGAAAAUGAGACUGAAAUAGUCAAAUGCCUUCAAAACAAAGAUCCCCAAGAAAUUCUUCUGAAUGAAGCAUUUGUUGUUCCCUACGGAACUCUCUUGUCAGUAAACUUUGGUCCCACAGUGGAUGGUGAUUUUCUCAUUGACAUGCCAGACAUAUUACUUGAACUUGGACAAUUUAAAAAAACCCAGAUUUUGGUGGGUGUUAAUAAAGAUGAAGGGACAGCUUUUUUAGUCUAUGGGGCUCCUGGCUUCAGCAAAGAUAACAAUAGUAUCAUAACUAGAAAAGAAUUUCAGGAAGGUUUAAAAAUAUUUUUUCCAGGAGUGAGUGAGUUUGGAAAGGAAUCCAUCCUUUUUCAUUACACAGACUGGGUAGAUGAUCAGAGACCUGAAAACUACCGUGAGGCCUUGGACGAUGUUGUUGGGGAUUACAAUAUUAUAUGCCCAGCCUUGGAGUUUACAAAGAAGUUCUCAGAAUGGGGAAACGACGCCUUUUUCUACUAUUUUGAACACCGAUCCUCCAAACUUCCGUGGCCAGAAUGGAUGGGAGUGAUGCAUGGCUAUGAAAUUGAAUUUGUCUUUGGUUUACCUCUGGAAAGAAGAGCUAAUUACACAAAAGCUGAAGAAAUUUUGAGUAGAUCCAUAGUGAAACGUUGGGCAAAUUUUGCAAAAUACGGAAAUCCAAAUGGGACUCAGAACAAUAGCACAAGAUGGCCUAUCUUCAAAAGUACUGAACAAAAAUAUCUAACCUUGAAUACAGAGUCGCCAAGAAUAUUCACUAAACUACGUGCUCAACAAUGCCGAUUCUGGACAUUAUUUUUUCCAAAAGUCUUGGAAAUGACAGGGAAUAUUGAUGAAGCAGAACGGGAGUGGAAAGCAGGAUUCCAUCGCUGGAGCAAUUACAUGAUGGACUGGAGAAAUCAAUUUAAUGACUACACUAGCAAGAAAGAAAGUUGUGUGGGUCUCUAAUUAAUAUAUUUACCUUUUAUGGAAUGUUUAUUUUCUCUUUGAUCAAGGCAAAAAUAUCAGGAGCUUUCUUACACACCUACUAAGAAAGCUAUUAUGUAGCUGAAACAAGAAUGCCAGAACGAUAAUAUCGAUUCCUCACGUGUUUAACUUAGGAUUUUACCUACAUUUCAAAACCCAAAUGGCUAGAACAUGUUUAAUUAAAUUUUACAAUAUAAAGUUCUAUAAUUAAUUAGAUGCAUAUUAAAACAAUGUCCUGCUUCAAUUUCUUUCUUUCCUUAAAAAUAAGAUUUUUUUUCCCUUAAAAGUUAUCAGUGCUCUGCUUUUAGUCAGGUGUAUUUUCAUUACCACUCAUGAAAAGGUGUCUAUUUUAGGUGAAUUAAAUUUUGAAACACUGUACACCAUAGUUUUCAAUAUUAUAUUUCCUAAUUAAAAUAUAAAUUUAAUGUCAAUAUGAGAUAUUAAAAUAAGCACAGAAAAU